AUGACAUCUACCAUUAGACUUGUUCUGACUGCGCUUUUGGCAUCAUGUACCUUCCCCAGCGCACAAGCGCAGGGUCAGGUGUCAAUAGCCACGAACGGCACGGGCCCAUUGUCUCAAUACAAAUCUAGACCCGACAUCUACGCACCUUUCCUGAACAUCUCUCUUUUCGACGAAGAUGCGGUCACCCCAGGAUAUAUUUUCCUGGGUCCAUACCAGACGUUUCAAGAGGCUAUCUACAUCUACGACAACAGAGGGAACUUGGUGUAUUCGGGAUAUGGCUCGACCGGCGGUGGCCCGAGCCACAACUUCCACCUUUGCUCGAUCAAUGGGACAGACAACCUCUGCUACAUAACCGGCGGUCAGAAUGUCGGUUAUGUUCGAGGCUACGCGGUAGUCCUGGACGACACUUUCACCACCAAAACCUCGAUCCACUCACAAGCGGGCGUGGCCAAUUUUGACGAGCAUGAAUUCAACGUCCUUCCCGACGGGUCGUCUCUUUUUACGCUCUACAACCCCGAGCACUAUGACCUGUCGGCAUACAAUAUCACGUCAGGGCAGGGUUGGAUCAUGAACAACUUCUUUCAACGUAUUGAGAUUGGAACGAAUCGAUUGAUCUUUGAAUGGUCCGCCUUGGACCACGUUCUUCCCAAUGAAACCUUUGUGCUGCCGGAUACGACAGAGGUUUCGGGAGAUGGAUUCGGACCGACAAGCCCCUGGGACUAUUUCCAUAUCAACAGCGUCGAUCAGAAUGCCGACGGGGACUAUUUGGUAUCUUCGCGCCACACCUGUACCCUAUACAAGGUAUCUGGACAGGAUGGCCACAUCAUUUGGCGGCUGGGCGGUAUAGCCUCCGAUUUCAGCUUCCCACCGGGCCUCAAUUUCAGUUUCCAGCAUGAUGCGAGGUUCCUCGAAGAGAACCAAACCACCACCAUCGUCUCGUUGUUUGACAAUGCUUCAAAUGGCUACAACCAAACUGCCCGCUACUCCUCUGGCCUGGUUUUGAAGCUGGACCAUACCACGAACUCCGUCACACUGCUUAAAAGAUUUAUUGCGCCAUACCAAUUCAUCUCCCCGUCACAAGGUAAUCUGCAGGUCCUUGGAAGCAAUCAAGAUUGGUCGACCUCGAACGUUUUCAUGGGAUGGGGUAAGAAUGCGUUUAUUUCCGAGUACGCACCUGAUGGGCGAAUGGUCCAGCAGGGACACUUCGCUACAGAAGGGUCAAUGCACUACCGCGCUUUCAAGUACAAUUUCACCUCCAGUCCCACUGAUGCACCUGCUCUGUACACGUAUGCACACAACACGAGUGCACCGACAUCGUACUGGAUGAGCUGGAAUGGCGCGACGCAAGUCGCACAAUGGCGUGUUUACUCGAGCUCAUCGCGUAACGGGCCUUGGGAUGUUGUCGGCACCGUCCACAGAAAUGGGUUUGAAACCAUGUACACUGCACCCAAGUACUAUCCUUGGAGUUUGGUCGAAAGCCUCGACGUCAAUGGCAAACCAUUGAGGAACAGCACCAGACCGGUCAAGACGUUUGUGCCCAGCACGGAACUCGCUGCGAAGUGCAAUGGCUCGGGAUGCCCGACAGCCAGCACUUAUAGUAAUGGAUCGCACAGCUCAGGCCAACCUGGCUCGUCUCCGACCCAUUCGGGCGCGGGUACCUCGAUACAAAAAAGAAAUAGUGUAGAUGGCAAGCUGGGGAUUGCUGCCAUGUUUGGCUUUGGGGCAUUUAUGGCAUAG